UGCCCUCCCUCGGAUGGGGAGCGCAGCCUUUAUAAUGUGGCCCCUCCGACGGGAGCAUCCUUUCCAGCGCGUGCUUCUUGUCCUCCUUUUUUUGGAGGGGGCGAACCAAGCCAGCCCUUAGCUCGGGCCGAAUCCUGCCUUCUUCUCUGGUUCCUUUGCGCAUUUCGACCCGGUGAUUCCUUUGCUCGCGUUUUCUUCUUUCCUUGGAGAAGGGAACCCGAUUCUCUUCUUGUUGUCUUGUUUUUUUUCUCUUUUUCUGCUCGCCUUGUGAUCCCAAAAGGUCCGUCUAGCUGGAAUGAAUAUAUCUGAGCCUAGUUUCUGUAGAGAGGAGAUACCCCAAGCCAGAGGCGACUUUUCAUGGGGAGCCGUCGCGGGAGCAGCAGCUGCGCCACCGCCGCCUCCGCCUCCGCCGCCUCCACCUCCUCCCGCUGCUGCUGCCUCUGAUCCCGGGCGCGCCUUCGCGCAGCACAGCCGGGCCGCGGAGCCCGCCGUCUCCAGCCGGACCCCCAGCCCGGAGCCGGCCUUCGGAUUUCGCCCAGGCGCAGCGGCGCCCAUCGGGGGAGGCGACCCCGGCGGCGCGCUCUUGGGCACCUCGGCUGCGUCGAGCCGUUCUCCCAGCCCCGACGCCGGCUAUGGCUACGGCGCCGUCUCGGGCCGUCCGUCCGACGGCAAGAGCGCCGAGGAUUCCCGCAUCCGGCGCCCCAUGAACGCCUUCAUGGUGUGGGCCAAGGACGAGAGGAAGCGGCUGGCCCAGCAGAAUCCGGACCUGCACAACGCGGUGCUGAGCAAGAUGCUGGGCCAGUCGUGGAAAGCGCUCAGCGCCAGCGACAAGCGCCCCUUUGUGGAAGAGGCAGAGAGACUGAGGAUUCAGCACCUGCAGGACCACCCUAACUACAAGUACCGCCCCAGGAGGAAGAAGCAAGCCAAGAAAAUCAAGAGGAUGGAGCCCAACAUCCUCCUGCACAAUCUCUCCCAGCCUUGUGGCGACGGCUUUGCCAUGAACCACCGGGCUGGCGGCGCCAUCGGGCACCCGGGCCAUGCCCAGCCUCCUCCGCUCAACCACUUCAGAGAACUCCGCUCGGUGAGCUCUGAUAUGGAGAACUACGGCUUGCCGACCCCUGAGAUGUCCCCUCUGGACGUCUUGGAGCAGACAGAGCCUGCCUUUUUCCCUCCGCACAUGCAGGACGACUGCAGCGUGAUGUCCUUCCGAGGCUACCACCACCACCCUCCUCCUCCUCCACCUCCCCAGAUGGAGUUUACCCCGGAGAAAAACCUGGGGAGGAACAUGCCCAUGGGCUACCCACAGAACCCACCUCACCUGGCUGAUGCCAUGAGGACUCCCCACCCACCUGGUAUGUACUACAACCAAAUAUGCGCCGGAGCCGCCAACGGGCUUUCAGCCCACCUGGGCCAGCUCUCCCCGCCGCCCGAAUCUCACCACCUAGACGGCGUGGAGCACUUGAACCCCAACGAGCUCUGGACAGAAGUGGACCGCAACGAGUUUGACCAGUAUUUGAAUAUGAGCAGGACUCGUCCCGAUCCUUCGGGGUUUGCCUACCAUGUCUCUGUGUCCAAAGUGACUCCUCGAAACCUCUCCUGCGAGGAGAGCAGCUUGAUAUCGGCCUUGUCCGAUGCCAGUAGCGCUGUCUAUUACAGCACCUGUAUCACUGGGUAGGAGUGUGCCUAUGUGUUCAGCAAGGGGAGAGAGGUUCAAGGCUGAGCCCGGUUUAACCAUCAUUUCCCUUCCCCCAGGGAACCCUGGGAACAUGGAAGGGGGAACCAUGGGAUCUUGUACCUGAAUUCCGUCUCCUAACCACAAUUCCCAGGAUCCUUUGAGCGAAGCUGUGCCAGUUAAACCGGUAUGAAUUUGACGGAAGCUCAAAACCUACAUGUAACCCUUAGGAAAGGCAUGAUGCGCAGGUGCUAACCUCUUUUUUUUUGUUUGCUCCAAAUGAGAGCAGCUUGGUUCCCCAUCCCUGCGGGGCACAUUGUCCUUCUAACAAAUUUAUUCUUACCUGCUGAGAGACAGCCCAGCUCAGCUAUUGUGCCUGUCCUUGGAGAGACAAGUGCCAAUCUGCCGAGGAGUGAGCAAAAAACAUCUGCAGGAACUUUGAAACUGUUGCUGCGGAGAAUUACUGCAGAGAAACUAUUUGCCCUUCUACUCUUGCAUCCCAAGCAGGGCUUGGGAACCUCACCCCUGAAGCUUGUGGAGUUUUCUGCAUUUAAGGGCCUCUUCACACUUAAAACAGAUUUUUAUUUUUAGUGUCCACUGAAAGUCAUUCAACAUAAACCCAUGUGUGUCACUGUCAGGAUUUUCAUUCUCUCCCGUGCUGCAGAGCAUGUGUGACUACUAGUCCCAUGCCCAUGUCACAAAUGUGUUUGCAGAGCAGACAUGUGUGCAUCGCACUCAUCCGGGAGAAAGGGACUGGAUGUGGCUGGCUCGACUUUGCUCUUGUCUAAUGUGUGAAAGAGCCCUUAGAUCCCCUGCCUUGCACAUUUUUAGCUGAAGCACUGGGUUGGGGGGCAAAAACAUGGGACCCUGCCCCCUUCCUUGUUCAGCGUAAUGUGCAAAUCAUCUCAGAAUCCCUCUGCAAGACGCAACAUUCAUCUAGCUGAGAUAACGGUGCCCACUUAUAUCCCCACAAGUGCCUUCCUAUGCAUCAGCCUUCCAAACCCUCUCCCCUUGCCUGUGAACAUUGCAAUAUUUAGAUUAUCUCAUUAAAUGCAUUGCUUUGUUUUUUUGUUUAAAAUAAUGCUGAACCACUGAUAUACUGUAUCGCUAUGUAGCACAACGAGAUAGACUGUUGCAAAGCAGAAGGAAACUGAAUUCAUAGGGUGCCGAAAUGUGUGAGGGCGGACAGUUUUUCUGGACCUUUUAUGCCCCAGAGGUAAUUAUAGUGGCUGCAGCUUUUCUUCGCGCCUGCAGCAUUGUAACAUGACAAGCCACAAGAUGCUGAAAUCCUUUCCCUCUGGAUUGUUGGAAAAAGUUCAGGAGUCUGGUUCUCCGGUGCAUUUGAUCUCUUCCAGUGUUUAAGAUGUCUGUACUGUAAGUCUGCGUAACUGGGGAAGCAGGGUGGGGAGGCAGUGGCUCUCGACAUCUGGGGGGUUUUUUUAGCAGUGAAGCUAGCUGCCUGACCCAGAGCUCAAUUGCAAGCUGUCCGAUUUGAAGCAUCACCCGAGUCCUAGAACAUGCUGGGGUCUGGUGGCGAGUGUGCCAUCUGCAACCCAACAGAGCGCAUUGUCAUACCUCUGCGUUGCACCCCGAGGGCACCAUCGUGGGCUAAAGCUAUAUUCAUGCCUAAAACAGGUUGGACUGAAUUGGCUUGUGCAGGAGGGGAAGCACUGACUGCAGUGCGGUUUGAGACAUUCCAUAAAAGGGGUUGGGCAUCAAGGCAGGGAAGUAGCAAAAAUUGUGACGAGGGAGGGUUUUAAGACUGGUUAAAGUGGUAUGAAGUGUGAUGAAGGGAAAGGGUUGAAAAAGCCGUAAAAAUAGAAUAAAAUUGGCAGGUGGUCCUUUGAGGCUGGCAUAACUUUACCCAGAUUGUGCCCGUUCACUUCAAAGCCAGCCCACUGAUUUCAGCAGCUUCCAAGUGAUUUAGAAAUCCAUUCUCGAGUUAAUUUCCCCCGGAUGCCUUUUCAUUCUAAGCAUCCCUAUCAGAAAGCUCACCGAACCUGCUUUGACUCGACUUCCCUGUGAACCUCUAUGUAAAUCCCAUUGAAGCAGCUCUGCUAAGCUUUGCCCAUGUAAAGCCAUGCAAUUUGUGAUCACACUGAUGGAAGCAUUGGGGGGGGGAGGUGCAUUUGAAGCUGCCAUGUGAGAUCCGAGCCACUGGCCCACUGUUUUCUCCUCUGACCGGUGGUCGUAAUUCAAAGGCUCAGGGCAAGAAUCUUUUCCCACUCCUCCGGGAUCCUGUGAGCUGGUGGCACCCAGGACUGAAACUGGGACCACCGUCGUGCAAAGCAGAUGUUCUGCCACUGGCCUAAGGCUCUUCCCAAAAUGUAGGCAGCUGCUUCAGACCAAAGUCAGACUACUGGCCCAUCUCACUCAGUAUUGUCCAUGUUGACUGGGUUUCAGAGGGGAAGCCUCUCCCUGCUCUGCCUGGGAAUGCAGACAAUUACACCUGGGACCUUUUUGCAUACAAGCAGUUGCUUUGCUGCUGAGCCACAGCAGCCCCUGUUUUCAGGAUGGAGGUGUAACUUCCAGCCUUCCACUUUCCCCAAGCUCUACUGCACCAUGCCUUGAGAACCAGCAUUUUCAGAGUUAGGUUAUUAAGGCCAGAGGAGAAGCGAGUCAGGGCUCUAUCUACACUGACCUAUGCUCCGCAUUCCCAGGCAGAGGUCCACACUUUCCAGGUCUGCGUCCAGCAGCUUUUUAUUGAUAUUAUUUUUGCUUUCCCUGCAAAAACCCGCUCUUUAUCACUGAAUCAGAGCAAAUGGCAAUUUGCAGAAAACCCGAAUUGCCAUUUGCUCCUAAUCAGCAGUACGGAUCCAAUUUUCUUGGGGAAAGCAGAUGGAAGAAAGAAAGAAAGAAAGAAAGAAAGAAAGAAAGAAAGAAAGAAAGAAAGAAAGAAAGAAAGAAAGAAAGAAAAGCCCUCUGAAAUUGACUGGGAAAGUGCAACCCUAUGCGUAGAAAGUAUUGGGGGGGGUGAGUAAGGAUGAGCCCUAAUAAGGUGUUCAAAACAGGGAGUGAUUCUUUUGCAAUGAUUGUUAUGGGAGAGAGACUAGUUUAGGGGUGCCAAACAGGCACAUUUUUCACUGUAUCAAGAUUAUUAUCUUUCAUUUGAACCAUAGGACUAUAUUUUUACUAAGUCUUUUAUAUAUCUAUCUCUCUAUCUAUAAAUAAUAUUUAAUUUGUUCAGGCAUUUUAUACUACCGAAUCUCUUUUCUGUCUCUUUUGGUAAUAAAUCGAAGGGUAUCUGUGUCACGGAAAGCAUUUAUGUAGCAACUGAAUUAAAACAAAUAUAAAGAACAGAGGAGAGAGGAGCAGUUUUAAGUCAUAAAAUCGUGUGCAACAAUUUUCUGGAAUUUUGGGGGGAGCAUUUUCGAUCGGUGUAGAGACCAAGGAGACUCGAUCCCACGGUUGGGGGGGGGGGUCUGUAUAAAACCCCGUUGAAAUGAAUUGGCAGCUACACAAGAACCCUGCUAGAGUUUGUGCAGAAGACCGUCCCAAAUAAUGUUGCUGGCUGGUUAAUUGUUAAGACAUAUUUUCCUAAUGCCUUGGCUCUCAUGUGCUUGCUAUGUGAACACAUGUUUCUCCCCCUAAUAAAUGUUGUCCCCAACCAUUUCCAGAUUUCUCUGGCAGUCGAUUCCUGUUUAGACUGCACAUUGGUUUCAAGGGACCACCUCCCACUAAGCACUGGGCAAGGGUUGGUUGUCUGUGAGAGGAAAGGCCUUCUUUAUAGGAAAGAUAGGAGAGAGUGGGUUUGAUCCAGGCUCAGUUGCCAAUGCAAUCCAGUGUACGUGCCUAUUUUUCCAAUGUUGUGUAAGCUGCCGAUGUGUUUGGUCGGACGUACCAUCUGUUCUCAUAUUUGGGGGGAGGGGGGAUAACCCUCAGUCCUCUAAUAAAACGACGUGAUAUCCUUUUCUUGACAUGUCUGUGUGUGGUUUUUUGGGGAUUUCGUUAACACAACUGCGCACAAUCUGCGCUAAGGGGCUCUGCAUUUGCACGCCGGAGCCUGCAGAAAUUGGAAAUGAUAUUAAAGCCCGCUUAGAUCUGUUGAUCUCGCUGUGCUAAUGUGGCUCCUCGCAUGUGUUCUGAUGCUUUGUUUACAGCCUGACACAUAAGACGGUGACGUCAAAUGGCUUGGGUCGGAGCCAAUUGGUUUCCCACCCACCCUCUUCCCUGUCCUAAACAUUAUUGUGAUUGUUUGCAGCGCGAGCUUAAGAUCUCAUCACAUCAUCUUUUGUUAUGUUGCUAAUUCACUGAAGGACGCAAGUCCCCCGUUUCAAGCACAUUGUUUCUCUGGCACAGAGAUGUCUUUGAGCAUUAUUAUUAUUAUUAUUUGCACCAGGAAUGUCUUUCAGUUUCCUGCUCAUCAUCACUGCUAAUGCUGUAUAUGGAGAAGAAAGCUCUUUUUGAUACAUCAGUUGUACAUUCUUGGUUCAUGCGGUGCUUUCAUCCACUGCCCAAAGACAGGAAAUUCAAGGAACAGUGCUUGCUGUUGCUCAUGAAAACACUCUGGGGAAUGGGCAAUUAAGUUCCGAUCAAUAGAACUUAAUUCCAUAGCAAUGCAAACUUAAUUUCACUUUGAUGUUGCAAGAUGUUUCCCAAGACAGCUCUCUGUCGCCCAAUGGGCAGUUUGCCUGGCAUCUUUCUUUUGGCACUUUCAUUGGGCAAAGCAGUUAGCCAUUUUUACCUUGUGAAUUUUUCACAAUGGCCUUAUUAGUUAUUACCAAUCCUCUCUGUUCUCUCCCUCCGUAUUUCUGCUGUGUUUUUGUACACAAUGUAUGCUAAAACUUUGGUUCCAAAACAGCCCUUGAAGUAGAUUUUCUUUCUUUCUUCUUUUGCCCAAAAUAUUUCCACUCCUUCUUUGUCAUAUUUUAACCCCAUCCAAUUAAUCAAGCUACACAUUGGCUUUU